AUGAGUUGGUCACGGGCCAGUGCGUCAGGUCUACAAUCGAUAGACAGCAGCCGUUCUUCGCGAGUUCAAGCUACACUACCUCGGACAGAUACAGUAGCAUGGCAUGAUGUGCAAGCGGUUCAUGCAAUUUCCUCAACCCCUGAACGUUGCGACCGCACUGUCGUCUUGAUAGGCAGGACUGGCGCAGGAAAAUCGACUUGUGCAAAUGUUCUAGCCGGUGAUGAUCCAAAAAUAAAAUUCAAGACUGGCGAUGAAUCCGUUAGCGAGACAAAGGUGCAGAGCGAAAUUGCUACAGUGCAUUGGUUUGGCAAGACGUACAAAGUCAAGAUUGUUGAUACGAUUGGCAUUGGUAACACUAGGCUAGACGAGAACGAAGUCUUACUUCGCCUCGCACACGCCUGCCAUAAAAGCAAAGACGGAAUCAACGCCGUCUAUUUUGUUGUAAAAGACCGCUUUACAAAAGAAGAAGCUGAUGCUUGGGAAGUCAUGUGUAAUGUACUGCUUGGUAAAAACAUUUUCAAUUACACUGCUAUUGUGAGAACAAACUUUAGAGAUUUCAGUGAUAGCAAAGCAACCUUCGACGACCUUAGACGGUUAAAGCAAGAAGGUGGUGAGGCUGCAAAGAGAAUCUUGCCUGGCAUACAGCACUUUAUAUACGUCAACAACCCUGAUCCACUAGAUACAGAACAAGCCACUGCAUUACGCGCUGCUUCUCGAAAGAAGCUUCUCGGGCAUCUCAUCGACAACUGUUUUGACGUCUUCCGACCGCCCAUACUAUGUAAGAUUCAGCAACGUAUUUCUGCGCACGCACAAGCAAGCGAAGAAUCGACUGAGGAAUUAAUUGAGUUACAACGGUUGAACGAUAAACUCAAAAAAUGCGAAGAUUACGUUCGGCGUGCAAAGCUUGAAAAAGAAAUAGAAGUGGAAAAAAGAAAGAAAGCAGAAGCAGAGGCAAAAACAAUGAAGGAAAUGACAACAAUCGGGAAGGAACAAGCAACAGAGUUAGGAAUAGCUGAGGAAUAUUUGGGAACUGUAGCUGGAGCAACUGGUAAGGUAAUUGAUCGAUCAGCCCGGGGAGUUGUCACUGGAGUGAAGAAACUUGCUAAUUCAUUUAUGUAA